GUGGGGUGUGGGGGGAGGUUGGGCUGUGAUCGAGGAGAGGCUGCGGGCUCUUUAACCGGCUGCUAUGAGGUACAAUGAGAAGGAGCUGCUGUGUCUCUCCAAGCAACCGGCCGAGAAAGCGGCCGAGCUCAUCAUGAGGGGCCCGAAGCGCAACGACGCUGCAAAAUGCCGUCUAGUGAAGCUAGUUGUCAACUUUCUAUUCUACUUCAGAAUUGAUGAAGAGGAGCCUGCUGGUGCCUUAUUACUUGAACAGUGUAGAAUCCAAAAGGAGGAUGACACUGGCUUCUCACUAGUAUUUGUGGAUGAACCAGAAAGAAAAUACUCAUUUGUGUGUGAAAACAGAGAUGAAUGUGAGGAGUGGAUUGAAGCCUUGACAAAAGCCAGCUAUGAGUACAUGAGGCAAAGUUUGAUUUUUUACAGACACGAAAUUAAAAAAAUAACUGGAAAAGAUCCACUGGAGCAGUAUGGAAUUUCAGAAGAAGCUAGAUUUCAAACCAGAUCUCAGAGGCUGUAGAUUCUGAUGGACCUUAUGUUUCUCUGGUAUUUUGUUUUCAUUUCAGGUUUCAAGCAUUUGUAGUUUAUUUUUUUAGUAUGUGUGAACUGUGGUGCCCUUAUUCAUAGGGGUUUGAGUGAAUGUAAUGCAGUUUUUAAUAGUUUUUUUUUUAAAAAAAAUGAAUGGUUUGAAUUAUUCUAUUUAUGUUUCUAUUAGUUUGAGAAAAAUGUUAAUGCUUGUAAGUGCUUUUGUUGGGUUUCUCUAAAUUAAAUACAUGGAGUGGUCAAUGGACUCUGAACAACCCAGCAUUUCUCUUUAGAAUAAAGCAUCACUUUAUCUAAAGAUUUCAUUUUAUGUGCAGACCUAGGUAUACAAUUGAGGGAUAAUUACAAAUUGCUCAUAAUUGUAAGCAUGGUGUAUGUACAGUAAUUCUACCAGAAAGGUGGGACCUCCCUUUGUAGCUGUGACCAUGACUGUAAAUAUUUUAAAUUUGUAUGUAUAUUAGUUGUGACCUUUGAACCUCACUUGUAGAUUUGUGCUUUGUACUGCCAGAAUGUAGAAACUUUGAAAUGAAAUUCCAUUGAAAUUGAAUUCCAACAUUGUAAAAUAAAACAAAGCUUUUAUUUUUAUGCAUGAACACUCUUCUGAAAAAAAUGCACCAAAAGGAUAUUGAAAACUGGACUAUACAUCUCACCCUAAAAGUGCGGCGCCAAUAAUAUUUAGACAAUCAAUUUUCGGUCAAUAAAGCUUUGAAAGAUAUUCAUUUAACCAAGUAUAAAAGCAGUGGCAGGAUGACUCAGCCCACUGCUGAACCUGAAUUGACUAUUGCUAAAGACAAAUUAGAAACUGGGGUAAGUGCUAUGGCUAUUUUUUUUUAAAAGACAAAACAGCCGUUGGACUCAUUUUCUGUUCCAUUUGCCGUUUAAUCACUCCUGCCCUAUGACCUGGUCCUUUUGUUCUUCACACACAUCCCUUUUCCUUGGCUUAUUAUUUGCUUAAAAACUAUUCAUCCCUAGCAUCUUCCAGUUCCGAUGAAAGGUCAUUGAUUUGAAAUAUUAACUGCUUUGUUCUUUAUGGAUGCUUCCUGAUGAGUAUUUCCAGCAUUCUACCAUCAUCAAGACUACCUAUUUCCAUCUCCAUAGCAUUGCCCAUUUACUGCUGAACACUCUUGACCCAGGGAAAACUGCCUUGUAUAAUCUUUUGAGUACUGGAAAUGUCCUUUCAAUUCAUUCUAGAAAGUGAAAUGUUAGCCUUAUGUUUAGUCCAGCCAUGCAGGAAUCAUCAUUUCACUUUUCCCUUUAAUUUUAUGUCAAAUCCUUUAAAGUCUACUGGUGUUAUCCUGCAGCAUUACUUAGUCACGAAGAAUGGAACAUAAGCUGAAAUGAACUCCUUUUGCCAAUUUGACCUCUGCUAUAUGCAUGCACACAUUAAACUCAGUCUGUCUGAAAGUUCCAUUUAUAGAUACUGACACCAGACCAACAUGGAGAUUAUCAUCUCAUGUUCUUGCACAUUUUUACAUUUGACUAGGGUCAUUGCAACACUCAUGGCAGCUUCUGUUCCAUUGUCUUUCUGGGGUAUUGUCUUCUGAGGUAUAACUUGAUAUUCAGAUGUCACUUUACUUAGAAACUGAUCUCACUAAUAAAAUGUACACAAAUCCUUUAAUUUCUUUUAAGUGCUUUGAAAAAUGCCAGAGAUACAUAUCUCAAUGUACUGUUGUCCAGACUCCCAUCUUCUACCCUCUAAAUUUGCAGCAAAUCUCAUACACCCAUUACCUCUACACUUGCUAAUCUACACUAGCUCCUGAUUAAGGAAUACUUAUUUUAAAAUUCUCAUCCUAGCUUUCAAAUUCCUCCAUGGUUUCACCCCUCCCUAUUUCUGUAAUCUGUGCCAGCCCCACCAACCUAUGAUCUGUUCUCCUCCUGUGCAUCAAAUUUUAAUUGCUGCACAAUUGGUGGCUGUACCUGCUUCUCUGCACCUCUAUAACCACCAUCCACCGUUCUUCCCCGCUUAAGACACUCUUCAGAAUCUACCUCUGACAGAUUGGUUAUUUGGCCUAAUAUCACCUCGUGGUUUGGUGCAAUUUUGUUUUAGAAUAAGCCUGUGAAGCACCUUGGGAUGUUUUAUAGUGUUGAAGGUACUUUUUAAAUGCAUAUUGUUUUCUUGAAUAAGAACCUCUAUCCAUAAGAGGCUGAACUCACACUAAACCAACUUUCCAUGUAUUGGGGUUUGGAUUACUUUGGUCAAAAUAGAAGCAUUUUCUGACUCUUUAAUUUUAAGCCUUUUCCAAUUACUAAAUUUCAAAGUUUUACAUUCAAUGGCCUAAUUUUGAUAGCAAAUGUGUACUAAGAAAACUGCUAUUUUUAACUACUUCCAGCAUCAAUGUAAAAGAGUUUAAAAUUCAGAAAUGAAUUAAAGGGGAGUGGAAAAUGUG